AUGACUGAUGAGCAAAAACGAAAAAAGCAAGAAAAAAUUGAUGCAAUGAAGGAGGAAAAGGAGCCAGAUACAUUAUUUGGCAAAGUGAAAUACUACCUCAAGCGUUACUGGUACAUCGCGGUCCCUGCUCAUAUGGUUGGUAGUACAGCAUGGCUUGGAGGGCUUUAUGCUUUAGUACAUUGCGGUGUGGAUGUUGUUGCGCUACUCCAGACUCUGCAUAUGCCAUCAGUGGUAAUUGAGAAAAUUCAGAAUGUUCCUCCAAGUGCCGGUGUUCUUGUUGUUGCUUUGCUUUUAUACAAGGUAGCGACACCCCUUCGUUACAUGACCACGCUUGUUCUUAUUCAAGCGGCGUUUUGGACGUUACGUAGAAUGGGGAAACUUCGCACCGCAAGAGAAGUCGAAUUUAAGAUGCGUACUGAAUAUGAGAAGAGCAAAAUCAAGUACGGUAGGAAGCUUUACAGGUAG